AUGAGACUCAUACCUGCUAUAAACCAGUGUAUACAUACCGCGGCGCGCCCUUUCACUAAUGAGGACACUAUACAGUAUAGGGCGAGCUGCUAUGAAGGUUGGAGUGCGCGCGCACCCCAUGCCGGCUAUAUAAGGAGUGUCCGAGCCCCAUGGAGUUCAGUUGUGCACGUGCUGGCGUGGAUGGAACUCCUCGACCGUACGGCCGGUAGCGUUGAAUUGUUUCGUUAA